UAUUGGAUGAUGUAUCCAUUACUCAUGUUGCAUUUUCACCAGAAUUCACUCAUGCAGUAGAGGCCAAGCAGAUUGCUCAACAAGAAGCACAGAGAGCAUUCUUUAUUGUUGAACGUGCUAAACAAGAAAAACAAUCAAUUAUCAUUAAAGCGGAAGGUGAGGCCAUAUCUGCAGAAUUAAUCGGUGAUGCAAUCAAGAAUAAGCCUGGUUUCAUUGAGUUAAGGAAGAUUGAGAUGGCCCGAGAGGUUGCUACUCUUCUAUCACACUCUCAGAAUCGUAUAUUGUUAGAUUCAGGAGUUCUAUUAUUGAAUCUUGCCGAGUCUGUAAAGUAUGUAUAA